AUGAGCAAGCAAAAGUCGCCCGUCUACGUGCUCGGCGUGGGCAUGACCAAGUUCAUCAAGCCGCGCGGCAAGGUCGACUACACCGAGCUCGGCUUCGAGGCGGGCAUCAAGGCGCUGCUGGACGCGCACAUCACCUACGACGACGUGGACCAGGCCGUGGCGUGCUACUGCUACGGCGACAGCACCUGCGGGCAGCGCGUGCUGUACCAGUUCGGGCUGACGGGCAUCCCCGUGUACAACGUCAACAACAACUGCUCGACGGGGUCGACGGGGCUGGCCAUGGCGCGCUCGCUCAUCGCCGGCGGCGCGGCGCACUGCGUCAUGGUCGUCGGCUUCGAGAAGAUGAGCCCGGGCAGCCUGCAGAGCUUCUGGAGGGACCGCGCCAACCCGACGGGCACGACGCUCAAGCUCAUGGCCGAGACGAGGGGCGUCGUCGCGGACGCUCCGGGCGCGGCCCAGAUGUUUGGCAACGCCGGCAGGGAGUACAUGGAGAGGCACGGCGCGACGGCCGACGACUUUGCCGAGAUUGCGCGCGUCAACCACGCGCACUCGCCCAACAACCCGUACUCGCAGUUCCAGCAGGUGUACACGCUCGACGAGAUCCGGCGGUCGCCGACCAUCCACGCGCCCCUGACGAAGCUGCAGUGCUGCCCGACGUCCGACGGCGGCGCCGCGGCCAUCCUCGUGUCGCGCGAGUUCCUCGAGAAGCGGCCGCCGCACGUCAGGGCGCAGGCCGUGGAGAUUGCCGGCCAGUGCCUCGCGACGGACGGCGCGAGCGUCUUCUCGGGCAGCGCCAUCGACCUGAUGGGCUACGAAAUGACGCGGCGGGCCGUCGAGGCGGCGACGCGCGAGGCGGGCAUCUCGGCGCGCGACGACGUGCAGGUCGUGGAGCUGCACGACUGCUUCAGCGCAAACGAGCUGGUGGCGCUCGACGCCCUCGGGCUCAGCGACAGGGGCAAGGCGCACGAGCUGGUGCGCAGAGGCGACCUGACGUACGGCGGCCGCUACCUCGUCAACCCCUCGGGCGGGCUCAUCUCAAAGGGCCACCCGCUGGGCGCGACGGGCAUCGCGCAGUGCGCCGAGCUGGUCUGGCACCUGCGCGGAUGGGCCACCAACCGCGGCGUCGAGGGCACGCGGCACUGCCUGCAGCACAACCUGGGGCUCGGCGGAGCCGUCGUGGUGACGGUGUACAGGCGCGCCGAUGGCGAGGCGGCGCCGGCGAUGGAUUCGAGGGCCGUCGGGGAGGCGAAUGGGUUGGGAUACAACCCGGCGGUGGAGGCGAGGGGGUUCACGAGGGAGCAGGCAGAGGCCGUCAUGAGUCGGCGGGCGAGGAGCGACUGGGCGCUGCAAGACACGCUGAACAAGGUUGAGGCGCGGUUCUAG